GAUGAUGAUGGAUUGCUUUUGAACUUUGCUGCACCUACAGCCUCAAGCAGUAAAGUACAACAACAACCAAGAAGAAGUCAAGGCAAGAACAAUGGCAGAAGAGUCGCUUCUGCUGUAACGUCUGCUCCUACUGAGAAGAAGACAGAGCAACCUACAUCAGGACCGAGCCCAAAGACACAGCCUCGAUCCGCUUCCGCAUCACUGCAUUCACGGAAAGAGCAGAAUGGAGGAAGAGAAGUGCAGUCUUCUUCUCAAAAAGCAAUAUCGAGGUCGACUUCUCUUGGCGAAAGAAAUGCUUCUAAAACAGCGAGCGGAGCGACAUCAUCUACUUCAAAGCAAUCUUCGGCACCCAAGAGCACGAGAGGCACAGCUGUGAUUUCUUCUCUGUUUGCUGGAUCAGAUGCAUUACAAGAGACAAAAGAAAAAGAAGAAAAGCAACAGCGAUACGAUCCAACAAAUGCGCCAUCUAAAGUGUCAGACUUUGGUUCCCUGCAAUUAGACCCAUUAUUGGUCGCUCAUCUCAAAUCAGAAAAGAUGAAAAUUACAAGACCUACAGGUAUUCAAAAGACCGCUCUGCCCUUCCUGCUCUCAAGUUCAUCAUUCGAACGUGAUGCCUUACUGCAUGCUCAAACUGGUAGUGGAAAGACACUCUGCUACCUUUUGCCGAUCAUUCAAAGUCUUUUACCUUUCUGUCAAUCAAGUUGGAUCGAUAGAAGCUGUUUGGGAACGUUGGCGAUCAUCCUAGCACCAACACGCGAACUUGCACGUCAAAUUUACGAAGUUGUAGAAUCUUUGUGCAGUUUGCAUUUAGCUGCAAAAAGUACAACUGAAGAAGACUCUGAUGAGCAAGAUUCAGCAGUACGAAGAACGAGAUGGAUCGUGCCCGGUCUUUUAUCUGGAGGAGCGACUAAAAAUCACGAAAAGUCAAGGCUACGAAAAGGUUUGCCAAUCAUCGUAGCAACUCCAGGUCGUUUGUUGGAUCAUCUUCGUAAUACGGCAGCACUUGAUGUCGGUCGUUUACAAUGGUUGGUCUUAGACGAAGCUGAUAGACUGUUGCAAUUAGGAUUCGAAGAGACUCUGAAUGAUAUCCUGAAAGCCAUCGAUGCACGCAGAAGAGCAGCUUGCGAAUUGCAAAGGCAGAGAAUGCGGGAUGAAUUAGGCAAUCAAUUCACAGGUCAGACGUUUGAGGAAUCAGAAAUUCUUGAUACAUUCGGUGAAGCAUGGUGGAGACAUAAUCGCAGAACGAUCUUGUGCAGUGCAACUCUUGAUGAAGGUGUACAGGUCUUGGCAGGUAAAAGUUUACACGAUCCUAAGUUGAUCCGAAGUGAUGCAAGCAAGGAGGCGGAAUCGGAAACGGAAGAAAGCACAUCGGAUGGAAAUAAGAAUGCAGCGAUCGCUGCCCCAGCACAACUAUCACAAUACUACGUUAUUGUACCGACAAAACAGAGAUUGAUCAUCCUGCUUGCCUUGCUCCGACGUAGCAUCUCAAUGUCCAACACAGCCAAGAUUAUGGUCUUUUUGAGUUGUACAGACAGCGUUGACUAUCAUCUAGCCGCAAUGUCAGGUGUGACUAUGGCUCGUGUGUUUGAUGACAACGCUGAGGACGAAGAGAAGGAGAAGAACAAGAUCGAAUAUACCUCUCAAUUACUUCCUUCAACUUCUUUGUUCAAACUGCACGGAUCCCUCACUGCACAAGCACGUCAAGCAUCCCUAAAAGCAUUUUCUCAAUCCAAACAAGCAUCAAUCCUAUUCUGUACAAGUGUUGCAUCGCGUGGAUUGGAUUUGCAUGUCUCACAUGUCAUUCAAGUUGAUCCACCAACCGAAAAAGGUGCAGACGAAUACGUCCACAGGAUCGGACGAACAGCUCGUGCGGGAGAGAUUGGUGAAAGUUGGCUAAUGGUUUUGCCCAAUGAAGAAGAAUGCAUUCAACAUUAUGAAACAGCGAUCGGGAAAGAGAAAGGGGUAAUGCAACGACGUGAACCUGUUUCAAUCUUACGUGAUGGAUUUGGAGGAUCUGAUUUGGUUCAAACCCAAACCCGAGCAACGGACGCACAAAUGGCGUUGGAAAGAUGGACGGUUUCCACUGAAGAAAGGACUGGAAUGGCAAGACGUGCAUAUUUAGCACAUCUUCGUGCUUAUGCUACCCAUCCGCCGAGUGAACGUCAUAUCUUUGCGAUUGCGAAAUUGCAAUUGGGACAUUUGGCAAAAGCAUUCUCUUUGCGUGAAGCGCCGGGUGAAAUUCGAGCAAAA